AUGUCUACGUGCAUGUCUUCCAAGACGAAGAUUGAAAUACGUCUACGGAGUGUCGCAGUGCUAGUGAUGAUAAUUAUUCUGGGCCCGUCGUCAUCAGCAAGUCAAGACGACUUUCAAUCCGAAGCCAGAGCAUUUGAUAGCGUGAAACGACUCAUUUCACAGUUCAAACGUGAUAAAGACCUGUACGCUGUUUUACGCGAUCGUUCGAAGGAUUUGCAAACAGAGUUAUCUGUGGUUUCAACAAUGUCAGCGAACAUUAUACACUCAAACCCUUUUUCGAAGAAAGAAAACCUCGUGAAAUAUCUCUUUAAGAUUGGACCAAAAGAGGCCACUGCGGCGCUUGAGAGAAUUGGGAGGCAGCUGAGCAGGAAGCAAGUUGACGAGCUGAUCAAUCAGUAUGACGCUGCGAUCAAGAUGAUGAAUUUAGAUCAUAGCUGGGAAUCUGCCUUCAAAUUUAUCACUGGCAAGUCGGCACGCGCUGCGAAUCCACUUUUUAAAUUCAAAUCCGAUUCUUAUUACAAGCUGAUGUUGGAAUGGAGGACAAAACUUGAAGGAGGGCAAUUCAACAUCCGCACUAUUCUUCUUAAAAUGCCAACAAAAGAAAAUCAUCACUGA